GUUUAAAUUGCUUAGAUAGUUAGAUUGGUUCUGAUAACUUGCACACCUCCAAUUAACUGGCCAAGCAGCAGACAACUUAACUUUAUCGUCAUGGACGACUGCACCAGCUCGUUGCGAAGGUAUUGGCUGGAGGAGGAGGAAGACGAUGAUAUGGAUUUCUUGUUUGAUGAAGAUGAAGCGAAGGCCAUGACAUACAACCAUCUGCUGCAAGCAGAGAGCUCUCGCAGGCGCCGUCGCUCCGAUGCGCCACCAAAGGUCAUUCGGCCGAGAGACCUUCCUUCUGGUCACAGGAGGAUUAAAGCUGACUACUUCGUUACAGAUCCUGUUUACAAUGAUAAGCAGUUUCGUCGAAGGUUUCGGAUGCGUAGGCAUUUAUUCAAACACAUUAAAGAGGCCGUAAAAAAUCAUGAUGAUAACUACUUCAGAAAAAGGUGUGAUGCCACUGGCAAGGAAGGACUAUCGGCUCUUCAGAAGUGUGUCGCGUCUAUGCGCAUUCUCGCUUACGGUGUGCCGGCAGAUGCCGUUGACGAGUACGAGCGUAUUGGUGAGUCCCUUGCGCGGGCAGCGGCUCUGACGGUUGGGGACGACGGACACGAGGAGGAGAUACAGAGUCACUGGAAGGACUGUGAAUCUAGCGCAACUGGAGUUGUUCUCUUUUUUACCGCGGUGGAUCCAGUACACCGCUGCGGGACUUUUUUCGCUAAACUCAUCCUGGACUGGGGGAUACAGAGCGGGUCUAGAGCCCCACUGCGGACGGCCUUAAGUCUGAUACUCCGAUAGUCUGAUGCAUGUUGCUUGUCCUUGCCAAACAAUAUGGGGAAUCUGCUUUCACGAUUUCAGUGCGUUCCUCUGUAUAACCCACCAGGCAUCAGUUCGCCAUCCGAGAUUUCAGUGUGUCGGUGCCGCGCAAUCCCCCGUUCCCUUUUUUUUGUUGAAAAAGGGGGCAGAAGCACUGGCAAAUCAUGUUAGAUGGAGCAGAAAGUCAAGUGUUA